GCCACAGUGGCUACUGGCCCGCGGCGCCACCGCGCAGGCUGUCCCUGAGCGCAUAUUCCGUUGGGAGCAGGGCCGCUCGGAUCCGCACCAACCGGCGCUGUGAGAUGCUGCGCUCCACGUCCACGGUCACCCUGCUCUCGGGCGGCGGCAACAAGACGCCUGCAGCACCCAGCAGGAGGGCAAAUGUCUGCCGACUACGGCUGACGGUCCCUCCUGAGAGUCCAGUUUCUGAGGAAAGUGAAAAGAAGAUCGAAAGAAAAGAGCAACAUCCUGGCCCAGGCAAUGGGGAGCCAACCAGGAAACUUCCUCAGGGUGUUGUCUAUGGCGUGGUACGAAGAUCAGAUCAAAAUCAGCAGAAGGAAAUGGUGGUGUAUGGGUGGUCCACCAAUCAGCUGAAAGAAGAGAUGAACUACAUCAGAGAUGUGAGAGCCACCUUGGAAAAAGUAAGGAAGCGAAUGUACGGAGACUAUGAUGACAUGAGACAGAAGAUUCGACAGAUCACCCAGGAACUGUCAGUUUCACAGGCUCAGAAGGACUAUCUAGAAAAUCACAUCCAAACGCAGUCGUCGGCCCUGGACAGCUUUAAUGCCAUGAACGCGGCUUUGGCGUCAGACUCCAUUGACCUGCAGAAAACUCUUGUGGAUGUUACUUUGGAAAACAGCAGCAUUAAGGAUCAAAUCAGAAAUCUGCAGCAGACGUACGAAGCGUCCAUGGACAAGCUGCGGGAAAAGCAGAGGCAGUUAGAGGCAGCGCAAGUGGAAAACCAGUUGCUGAAAAUGAAGGUGGAGUCCUCCCACGAAGCCAACGCUGAGGUGAUGAGGGAGAUGACCAGGAAGCUGUACAGCCAGUAUGAGGAGAAGCUGCACGAGGAGCAGCGGAAGCACAAUGCGGAGAAAGAGGCGCUCCUGGAAGAAACCAAUAGCUUUCUGAAAGCGAUUGAAGAAGCCAAUAAAAAGAUGCAGGCGGCAGAGAUCAGCCUAGAAGAGAAAGACCAGAGGAUUGGGGAGCUGGACAGGCUGAUCGAACGCAUGGAAAAGGAACGCCAUCAACUGCAACUACAACUCCUAGAGCAUGAAACAGAAAUGUCAGGGGAAAUAACUGAUUCUGACAAUGAAAGGUAUCAGCAGCUGGAGGAGGCGUCCGCCAGCCUCCGGGAACGGAUCAGACACCUAGAUGACAUGGUGCAUUGCCAGCAGAAAAAAGUCAAGCAGAUGGUCGAGGAGAUUGAAUCAUUAAAGAAAAAGGUGCAACAGAAACAGCUUCUAAUAUUGCAACUUUUAGAAAAGAUAUCCUUCUUAGAAGGAGAGAAUAAUGAACUACAAAGCAAGUUGGAUUAUUUAACAGAAACCCAGCCCAAGACUGAAGUGGAAACCAGAGAGAUUGGAGUGGGCUGCGAUCUUCUACCCAGAAAAUUCAUUUGCAGAUUGCCCGACAACGGUAAAAAGAUCUUAGACUCUGUUGCCAAACUGAAAGCUGCCAUUGCAGAACGUGAAGAAGUUAGAGGAAAACGCGACCUGUUUAAUCCUGUUAGUUUAGACUGUAAGCCAAGGCAAAAAGCAAUUGCAGUUGAUGUGGACAUAGAUAAGGCCCAGAAUUCUGACCAGAUACUUGAUUCUUCAUCACUGGUUCCUGGCUGUUCUUCUGUAGACAACAUCACGUCAUCUGAAACAACCUCACAACAGGAACUGGUACAUUCUAUUCACAAAGGUGAUGAAGAGGCUCCUGAGGUUGGAUACACAGUGAACGAGUGCCCAGGUUCCAGCAGCAGAGCCAGUGCGCCUUCCUCACCCAAAGCUAGUGAGCGUCUCCCUCAGCGUCGUGUGUCAGGUCAAGCAGAAGACAACUCCAGCAGCUCUGACGACCUAUUUAUUGAUAAGUUACAAAGGAUCACCAUUGCAGACCCAAGUGAACGCCACUCAGAAGAAAACACAAGGACUGAGAGCCUGCCAGGCCUUUGUACUGGGACACAGAAGAAGCCUCAUUACAUGGAAGUGCUAGACAUGCGAGCCAAAAACCCAGUGCCCCCAGCACGUAAAUUUAAACUCAAUGUGUUACCUUCAAAACAGAACAAUUCAUCCAGUCACCAGCAAAGAAGCGGGUCUCCCAUUUCCUCAGAGGAGAGGCGGCGCAGGGAUAAGCAGCAUCUUGAUGACAUCACAGCAGCUCGGCUUCUACCACUUCACCAUAUGCCUACACAGCUGCUCUCCAUAGAAGAAUCUUUGGCACUUCAGCAACAGCAGAAAAAGAGUUAUGAGGAGAUGCAAGCCAAGCUCGCAGCACAAAAAUUAGCUGAAAGACUGAAUAUUAAAAUGCAGAGCUAUAAUCCAGAAGGGGAGACUUCGAGGAAAUACCGAGAAGUAAGGGAUGAAGAUGACAAUCAGUCCUCUGAUGAUGAAUUCUGAAGAUGGACAUUGGGAUACAGUCCUAACACUCUGCCUGCUGAGAUGUCAUUAUCUUACAUCAGACUUUCUAACAAGUAUCAAGAUCAGUGUCAGACAUUGUUGAGGGAAAUAAUUUUAUAAAGUUACACAAAGAUAGCUAUAAAAAUAGCCCAGUUUGUCGUCUUUCAGAAGAUAACUUUCAUGUGGUUGAAAAGUUUAAUAUUUGAAUAUGGUGUUUAAUCACAUUGUAUUAAAGUUUUGCAGUAUGUUGUAUUGUUUGAUAUUUUAGUGUAUAGGAGAGCACAUUUUUUUCUGUAAGCCAGAUGAAAGCAGGUAACUUUUUUCCCCUCCUUCUUACCUCUAUCAAAUAUCUUGCCUUUCAGUGAAAUAUUUAGUUGUCCCAGUCAUCGCCUAAAAUGAAUUAGGAAGAUACAGUUCUCUAAUUUUUUGAGUAAUGAAGGGAGCAGUGUAAAGAAUUUUAUGCAUGUCUGCAUGGAGUUAUUGAGGAAUUGGAUGUGAAAUACCUAGGAAGACACCAGAAAAAUGCUUAAAUGUUUGUUUCCUUCUUCUGUCUUCCCUUGGAAGAUUGUUAUCUUCUGAUUACAAAUAAGGAGUACAGUUGACCCUUGAACAAUGUGGGGGUGAAGGGUGCCGGCCUGCUCAGUAGAAAAGUGUGUGUAACUACAUACUUAUAGUUGAUGCUGGAGGAUGGUUGGUCUUUCUAAGUGACCAGAUUUGCCCAGAGUAACAUGAAAUGUUGGAAAGUAAGAUGGCUGAUGAAGGUGAAGGGAGUAGCUGUUCUUACGCUUGACCUGACUUGAGGUCAUUGCUAUUAACAGAUGAUCGGUUCAGUUUGGUAAAAAAAAAACAAAACUUUUUUUUUUAAGCCAGAAUUGAAUUAUUGUCAAUAAAUUGUCCCCCUCCCAAAACAAAGCAUACAUACGUAGGCUACAGAAACCUCAAUCUAUAUAUACAUGUUUAUGUAACCUGAACGGAUUAUAUGAUUGUCUCCAGAGAAAUUAAUAACAUUAUCAAAGAUUUCUUUAAUAUGUUGGGGCCUUUAAACAGUGUUGAAAGCAAGAAUAAAAUACUAAUUAGAGGAACUUCAAAAUGUUAAUGGUGAUGUUUUACUGGUACUUAAUAACUUACUUUACAAGAGACUUUUCCUAUAUUUAAUUUGAUGGAAAUACGUUUAGGUCAGAUGUACAUGGGAGAGGAAGGGCUCCAUUCUGUGUCGUGCACUUCCAGGUGUAGCUCCUGCUUCCCAUCCCCCUUGCCUCCAGAAAAGCAAAUGUAAAACUACAGUGAGCUAAUGAUUUCAAUAUCUUUAGUUAUUAAAACUUAGAAAAUGAUUUCACAACAUAA